CACACUCACGAGCAACCUAACUCUCUGCAUCGUAUUGACCUCAAGUCAGUUUGUAAGAAUAGGACGAAUCGAGGAAGUCAGGAAGUAUCGAGUGCUCUCACUUCUAACAAUAUUAUCCAAAUGUACAGAAGUAAUUAUAGAAAUUGGGAUUUUAUUACACCGACUUCAAAUUAAUUUGUUAUCUUUCUGAGACCAUGGAUAAGCUUCGUCGUGUGCUAAACGGCCGAGAGGAGAACGAAGAGCUCGGUCUCACGUCGCAGGUCCUCGAUGCCACCUCGCUCAGCUACAGCACCAGGGUGAAAUGGUUCGUCAUAUGCUUUGCCUCAGGCAUCUUGUGCUCAAUACUUGGAUCAGCACUGCUGUUCCUUCCAAAUGGAAUCAAACUCUUUGCUGUUUUCUACACAUUGGGCAAUAUCGCAGCUCUUGCCAGCACCUGCUUCCUUAUGGGACCACUCAAGCAGUUAAAGCGCAUGUUUGAGCCAACACGACUUAUAGCGACCAUCGUUAUGCUGCUCUGCCUCGUCUUAACACUAUGUGCAGUGUUUUGGUGGGAAAAAAAGGGACUGGCCAUCAUUUUUUGUAUUCUCCAGUUUCUAGCGAUGACGUGGUAUAGCAUCUCCUACAUUCCAUUUGCCAGAGAUGCUGUGAUGAAAUGCUUCACUACCUGUCUGAGUUAGGGUUCUGGAGUCCACACUUUCAUGAGAAUACUGGUCCUUAUAUGCAAGUGAGAGAACAGUAACUGUACAAUAUAUAGUUGUCGCUUGUUUCCAUUUUUGUUUUGUACUAUAGCUUCCUGUGGCCUUUUGAUUUAACUGAAGGUCUAUUACUUUCGUCAGAUUUUUCUUCUGUAUUUUAUGAUAUGAGUGCAUUUAAUGCGUAAUAUAUUUAAAGAUUUGACAGAUAUUUCAGAUUGGUUAAUGCUGUUUUGAGUGCUCAUAAAGUAAUUUAACUUUGCUGUGCAUUGUAAUUUAUGACAUAAGCGCAUUGCAAAAUCCAUCCUUAAAUACUACUAUACUAUUUAUGUCUUAAACAGUCUUUCAUAACUAUUCAAAUAAGCACAUUUGCAAUGCUGCCAAAAUACAUUUUCCCUUUUGUCUUUAUAUGAGCAGCUGCCCGCUAUGUUUUAAUAGAAAUAACAUUAUUUACCCUUGGGCAUUUGAUGCACUGCUUCAGUGAUUCUGCACUGGCAUGUUGAUUUCCAUAGCUCUUGAUCUUUUCCAGUUAAACAGUGUAAAAAUAGUAGCAGAUGUUGGUAGCCUAUGUGUACACAAGCCCCCUCCCCCACCCAGCAAAUUACAUUAAAAUUGAGUGUUUUUAAAUUUGAUCUUCUGCCAGACACAACAAUGACCUAGUUAAUUACGCUUUUCUGAGCAAUGUGGUUUUGGCAUGACCUAAUAACCCAAUAUAACUUCCAACAGGAUCCCCGUAUGCUUCGGCAUGAUGGCAUCAUAGCCUUUGAGAAUUGAGUUGUCAUGACAACCUGUACCGGAAGAUUCAUUACCUUAGCUACGCCCCAUUUGAGGUACAGAGGUUCACAUUAUGGUGAUGAGAAGGCAUGUGCUUUUGUGUAAAACACAGACCUGUGUUUGUCUUGUACUGAAUACAUGAUUUUAAAGCAUUUUUUUUGUUUGUUUGCUUUAUUUGAACAAGCCACAGUGCCAACAUGAACCAAACAACUGCAUUGCAAUUCCUCAUUGUUUCAUUAGGCUUCUGCAAAGAAGGAUUAUGGACAAAGUCUCUCUUCAGUACAACUUGUUCAAGUAAUUUGUUAAAUAACAAGCAAAUCCCUCUGAAGCAUACCCUCUUGAUGUAAUCC